AUAAUUAUGCCUACAGAGAGAGGAGUCGGAGGCUGCGCACGCGUUUCUCGAUGCAAAGAAUCAAAUCUGAAUUUCGAAUGCGAUUGCUCAGUCGCGCGGGAACCGUAGCGGCGUAUGGUCGUCUUCGCGUCAUAGACUCCGCAGCCCACACGCUAAAUCGAUAAUAUUUACGAUAGCGACCUCGAUAAAAGCCAUCAAUAUUUUUCUUGUGAAUCGUGAACAGUGAAUUUUUGUGGCAGAGAACAUGUCGUGUUAAAUUUUUCGAGAUUUUCUUGAGAAAUAAUAUUUUCCAGAUGAAGAUGACAGUAAACCGCAUAAGGGUGGUGGUGCUGGGCAGCCCGCGGAGUGGGAAAUCUGCGGUAGUCGUGCGCUACUUAACAAAGCGGUAUAUUGGAGAAUAUAGUUCAACUGGAGAUUUCCUUUAUCAACAUCGAGUGGCUUUCGACGGAGCUGUCUCCGAAGUGGAGAUACUGGACACUUCUAAUUGCGCGAUUCGUGGCUGUUUGGCGGAGCACGUGCGGUGGGGUGACGCCUUCGCGGUGGUGUACUCCGUUUGCGAGAGACGGUCUUUUCUUGCUGCAGCCGAACUUCUGUCGUUGCUGGAACGAACCAGAUUGCCGGGGUGUGCGGCAGUCACCCUCUUGGGGAACAAACGUGACCUCGAACACGCCAGGGAGGUCCAUGCAGAAGAGGGUCAGGAGUUAUCUCUGAGGUUCGGGUGCCAGUUCUACGAGGUGUCAGCAGCUGAAUCAUGCGCAGGAGCAGCUCUUGCAUUCCACGCGUUAUUGAGGGAAGCUAGGGCCUUAGCGUUGUUGCUUCCAGCGCCGAGACGCAAGCUUGCUGCGUAUUCUGUGUCUAAGGUAAUCGGAACAAUAUUCGGGAAAAACAGUAAAAGUGUGCGAAAGAAACGACCAUCGUUAAGCAUUUAAAGUAUAAUUAUUUUUACUUAUUUUUAAUUUUAUAGACUGUUUUGUAUGUGUAAAGGGUAGUUAAAUUGUGAUUCCAUAUACCUUUUUCGUUCGUUUCGUCCUCAAAUAAUUAAAGGAUUUUUUUAUCGAAUACAUACUUAUUAAACAUGACCAAGGUUAGGCUCAUUAAGUAUAGGUUUUCUUUAAUUUCUACUGUUGAUCAAUUUGAGCUCUUAGAAUACUAAUUUAUCUUCAUUAAUGGGAUCACAUAUUGGCAACCGUUUUUUAAAUCAUAGCGUAGUUUAGUGGAUUUAAUCAUACAAAUGAGAGGUGCUAAUCUUUUGAUAAAGUAUUUCUAUCAGAUAACAUAGAAAUACUUACUUUUUGGAUAAAAUAAUGUAUACUUAUUAUAUACCAACAUUUCAAUGCACCUAUCUUUUAAGUGAUAAAUGUAUCAUAUAGUUAAGUUACACCAACGUUGUAUUAAUAAUUAAUGAUCGCAGCCAUAUAAUUAAGUGUAAAUAAUCUUAGUAUUUCCUGUAUAAAGUAAUUAAUAAUGUUGUAUAAUUUACACCUCGCAUUAGAGUUAAAGCCAUCAGACAAGUUGUAUUAUAUUAAUUUAAAUAUGAAAGGUAUACCUUUAAUAAGCUCUAAGGAUUAUAUAAGAGAAUAAAAUAAAAGUACAUCUUUGAA